AUGUCCUUUACUCCCCUGUUUGCGCUUUCCCCUCGUCCACACCGCACGCUGAUCCCCUCUACCAAUUCGAGAAAACAACACAUUCGAUUCACAUAUGACCUGUUACAUGUGUGUCUCCAGCGUGGGGAUCUGGUUCGAGCUCGAAGAGCAUGGGCGAUACUUGUAAAGUGUUCAGAAAUAGAUUGGAGGACGCUGUGGACUGUUGGGCUGGCACUAAUACCAGGCAGAGAGGGCGGUAAAGGAGGUAGAUCGACGAGGGACCACGUAAACUAUUUGAAGCGGGUCAAGUUGCAAAUACCCCAUCUUCAAGAAACGUUACUCAAAGAGACUAUUUUGGCCUUAAUUGAUCUAGAAGAAUACCAGGAAGCACUGGACGAAUUGGACCUGUACAUUGUUACAAUGCCAUUCGACCAAAACCCGGUGCUGCAUCUUUAUGCAGGGAUGUUGUGGCUUUUUACUGCUCAACCUCAAGCUGAAGUUUCAAUCGACUCGGUGUCAAAGGGAACUAGUAGAAAUGAUGUUGCGCGUUGGAAUGCGCCUCGUGUAGCAGCAGCUAAACGUCAUUUCCGACGAGCUAUCGCACUGGAUCCUGGAAAUGAAUUCGCAAGGGGGUGGUUGGAGCGACUGGAUCAUGGUGCCGCAGGAGAACAGCCAGAAGUAUCAAGUCUCGGAGCUAUGGAUGAUGAAGAUGAAGAUGAAGAGGCGAAUAUUAAAGAGGAGCCGGAUAUCACAAUGGCUAGCUACAAAGAUGAAGAUGACGAUCUCAUAGCACUUUCUAUAAAAAUGGAUACUGACUCGGACGAUGAUGACUUGGAUGAAGCAAGGCCCAGCAAACGACCGAGAGGGUACACAGAAUGA